UUAGAUUUGACCAACACUAAUAGAGCAAGAACUCAAUCGAAGUAAAAAAAAGGGGUGGUGGGGAAGAAAUCAAGACCAGAAAAUGAACACAGACAUAACAGCAUCGGCAAAACCAGAGUACCCAGUAAUAGAUCGAAACCCAGCAUUCACUAAGGUUGUUGGCAAUUUCAACACCCUUGAUUACUGUCGUUUCAUCACCCUUACUGGUGUCUCUGUCACUGUUGGCUACCUCUCAGGGAUAAAGCCAGGGCUUAAGGGACCAUCAAUGGUGACAGGAGGAUUGAUUGGUUUAAUGGGUGGUUUUAUGUAUGCUUACCAGAAUUCUGCUGGGAGACUUAUGGGGUUUUUUGCUAAUGAGGGUGAGGUUGCUCGUUACCAGAAACGGGAUUUUAGCAGUUAAAGAUUUCAACUUUUUGAUUUUUUCACGAAAUUUGGUAUCUGUGUAAUGUUUUGAAUCGCUUUGAGUGGUGACGAUUAAUAAUAAUUGGAUUGGUAGGAGGACUUGUCGCAUUUUGUAUGUUCUGCUUUUGGUAAAUUGUCGUGAAAGUUUGAUUGAUUGGAA